AAACGUGGUGUGAACCCAGCCUAACCUAGAGGAAGCAGGAAGCCUGGGGGAGAUCCAGGACAUCAUGGGAGUUGUAGUUUUGUGCCAGCUGCACAGGCACAGGUUGAGGCAUAAUAGGAGAUGUAGUUUCGCAACAACUGCAGUGGCACCGGUUUGGGAACACUACCCUAGAAGACGCUAAUACCAGGAUGAGCCAGGGAGCGAUGGGAGUUGUAGUCCUGCAAUAGCUUCAGAGCUACCGGUUGAAUGAUAAUAGGAGUUGUAUUUUUUGCAACAGCUGGGGAAACAUAGAAUGGGGAACACUGUCUGUGUGUUCACACUGAGUAGUUCAAGAGGAAUUUACUCGAGUAAUUCCUCUUGAAUUCUCUGCUCCAAAUUAAUUCACAUCUCCUCUGCCCAUUGACUUUAAUGUUUUUUCCGCUGUCCUGUUCACACGGAAUUCACUAACGGAAUUCCGACGCUGAAUUUCUUUACACUUGAAGAAAGAACAUGUUCAUUCUUCAAGCGGAAUCCGCUAGCAGAAAUCAAUCAAAGUCAAUGGUUAAAAAAAUUUCCACCCGGCAUCGUUUUCGUGUGGAAUUUGCGCAGAAUUUGUGCAGAAUUCGCGCUUAAAUGGCUGAAAAACCCUCUACUUAAUUUCCCCCCUUUCUGCACGCAACUCCACGCAAAAUUAUGUGCGAAUUCCGCGAAAAUUCCGUGCAAACAGAAAAUUCUUUUUUCCGCACGUAAAUUUUUCAGCGCAAAUUCCUCAUGAUUUACUCAGUGUGAACGCACUCUAGGGUAUGUUUACACUGUGGAAUCUCUUCUUGCAGAAUUCCGCUCGCUGAGAUUCCGUCUGGCGGUACUUUGGCGGUAGGACCGUGCGGCACUGCGCUGUCACCAUUGACAGCUAUGCAGCACUCGCAGAAUUCUGCGCAAAGAAUGAACAUGUUCUUUCUUUCUUUGCGCGGAUCAAUUUCAGCGGCGGAAUUGUCCUGUGAUAGCCUGGGGGAUGUAGGAUAUGGGGAGCGUAGCUGUGCGGUAAUUAAAGGGUGCUUAUUAACCCUUGCUAUUCGUGACGCCAGGGUGGGGGCUCCUCAGUAAUGCUUGUCCUACCACCACCCUUCCCAAGAGCGAUAGGGAGGUAGAUAAUAAUAGAAUGUCCACAACCGGAGGGUUUUCUGAAACAGGAUUAACUUUUACUGAAGAAUUUCUGCAAGCUUCAAUAACAGAACAGUCUCUAAUCAUAACAACGCCUUUCCUUGGAGAUUGACAAAGGUUGGGACUUUAGCACUUAGAGUCUUUAGGAUGAUAUGCACUAUUCCACUGGAUUUAGGGGUCCAGUAGUCACUCUAGCAUUAGCGGGGAUUUAGAUUUGAACUCACGGUUUUGGUUCAGCUGAGGCCGGCAGGUUUUUUAGGCCUAGUGUAUCUUUGAAAGUUGCGCAGAACCAUCCUGUUAGUCCGGCAUCCACAAGAGCAGCAACCCAAGAGAGCGAUAAUUGGACGCAGCUCCCUUAUAUGGGCAGGGGCUGGACUAACGCUAAUUGCUCCAUACUGAUGUCAAUCACCAUUACAGAGAUUUGUGGGUAACACAUGACCCAAGGACCUCCAAAGGUCCUACAACAUGCCAUAAAGGUUAUUAACAUGGUCACAUGACCGAAGGUCCUGCGACGCUAAACAAGGGCCAAGGAAAUAAAGACCAAACUUGGAACUCUUCUCCAGAAGCCGGAUACGGCCAUCGACUUGAUUAUUCCGUAUCCCGAGAAGCCGGAGAAGACAAUCAAGGCUCCUAAACCGUCCACAGAGGAGGCCGCCCAGUGGAAAGAUUCUCUGGAGAAGCUUCUUCAGAACAGCUAUGGCCUUACUGCCUUCCAGAACUUUCUGAAGAUGGAAUUCAGCGAGGAGAACAUUGAAUUUUGGAUGGCUUGUGAGGAAUACAAAAAGAUCAAGUCCCCAAACAAGAUGGCAGCAAAGGCUAAGAAAAUCUAUGAAGAAUUCAUCCAAACCGAUGCUCCAAGAGAGGUCAACAUCGACCACUUCACCAGAGCUGUGACCACAAAGAACCUGGUGGAACCAUCAUCUUCAAGUUUUGACCUUGCCCAGAAGAAGAUCUUUGCUCUAAUGGAGAAGGACACACUGCCCAGAUUUAUCCGGUCUGAGUUCUAUCAGGAGCUAGUGAAGUAGCAGUGUGACAGAGCUGUGCAGUGCACCCCCGGCAUACCUUUGGGGGGUCCACCCUCUGGUUUGCUGGUCUGUUGUUUCUGCCGUCGCUUUUUUCUAAUGGGCCCUUUCAAUUGACUGUUGUUGCCAAUCUGUCCAUUAUUUUACAGGCCAUAGAGAGUCUGCACAACCUCUGCUAGUUAUACAUAGUGCAAAAAAAAAAAAAAAAGUUAAUGAAAAGUUAACCAAUUUGUUUUACUUAAAGGGGUACUCCGCUGCUCAGCGUUUUGAACAAACUGUUCCGAACGCUAAAGG